GACACAUACACUCAUCACACCAAAACCCAAACUCCCAUCCCAUUCUCACCACUCUCUCUCUCUCUCUCUCUCUCUCUCUCUCUCUCUCUCUCUCUCUCUCUCUGUGUGUGUGUGUGUGUGUGUGUGUGUGUGUGUGUGUGAAGGUUCUCAUGGGCAAACUCUUUUCGAUCUCCAUUCUUCUUCUCUUAUUCAUCAGCACCAUCACUCCCUCCUCAGCCAAGGAUGGAGAACGCUACAGUUUCCUCCAGAGUCAAAAGCCGGCGACGCCGCCGGUGCGCCAGAAGCUGAGCCACCUGCGGCUAUUCUUGCACGACGUCGUGAGCGGGCCGGAUCCGAGCGCCGUUAGGGUGGCCCAGGCGGCCUCGGCCAACCAGUCGGCGACAAGAUUCGGCACGUUGGUCAUGAUCGACGACGCGCUGACCGUUGGCCCUGAGCUCACUUCAAAGCUAGUGGGCCGGGCCCAGGGUUUCUACGCGCUGGCAUCCAAGGAGGAGAUAGGCCUGCUGAUGUCCAUGAACUUUGCCUUCACCGAAGGCAAGUACAAUGGAAGCACGGUGAUCAUAUUGGGCCGGAAUACGGUGUCCUCGGAGGUGAUCGAGAUGCCGGUGAUCGGGGGAAGUGGGCUUUUCCGGUUGGCCCAGGGUUAUGCCCAGGCCCGGACGCACACCUUCAAUCUUAAGACUGGUGAUGCUGUGGUGGAGUACAAUGUUUUCGUCAUGCACUACUGAUUUAGAGGUUGGUUUUCUGAUUUAGUUUGUGUCCUCUCAAUGGCGUUGGUUGCAAGGUGAUCUUCAUGAUGUGGUUUUGGUUUUGGCUCUUUUCUUUUUCAUUCAAUGGAUGUCAUUGUCGGUGUCCCCUGGCUCUACUCAAUGCUACAGGCCAUGGAGAGUGGAAUCAUUGCUCAGAAAAAUAAAAAGUUGGAACGAGAGCAAAGUAAUCGUAAAAUUCUUUA